UCUCCUCCAUUCCCACCAAAACUUGUUUCUCCGAAACUCAUUGAGCUACUAGCCGAGUCAAGAUAGCUUUCAACUCGGUGCAAGAAUCCCAACAAAAAAAAUGGUCAGAAAAAGGAACGAUUUAUGCAUAACGGUGCCGAAUUUUUUCCGUUGUCCAAUCUCAUUAGACGUGAUGAAGUCACCGGUCAGUCUCUGCACCGGAGUAACGUACGACCGGAGCAGCAUUCAGCGGUGGCUGGACGGCGGCAAUAAUACUUGUCCGGCCACCAUGCAAGUUCUUCAAUCCAAAGAUUUGGUCCCAAAUCACACUCUCCAACGGCUCAUCCAGAUCUGGUCCGACUCGUCCAGGACUCGGUCACCGGCCACCGAGUCAACCGCCGUGAACUCGGUCACCCAGGCUGAAGCCAAAUCCAUAAUUCAACAGCUCAAGAGCAAUCUCCUCCUUCCCCCGGGCUCCCAUGGGGAAAAUAUUUCUGGGUUCAUCUCAAUCAGCCUCCAAUGCAUGGGUAGAUUAAUCCUUUUCGCCAAACAAUCGGAGGAAAAUUCAAAUUUCCUUUCGUCGGGAGGUUCGGAGCUUUUGCCGGCGCUAGUUUCAAAUUUUUCCAAGCUUCCCAUGCAAAUUCAGGCCAGCGAAAAAGUUUUCCAGCUUUCUUACGUGCUUUUUAAAAAUCACAAGUCCGCACUGGAGCAACAAGAAAUGAUCAUCGACGACAAGUUCGUCGGCGCCAUGUUAAACUUUCUCCAGCUAGGGAGUCGAGAAUUCAGAAUUUCCGUCGCAAAACUACUAAAAAUCAUUGCGAAUUUGAGCAGCGAAAAAAGACACCUGCUAGGUGAAAACGACGACGUAUACAGGGGCUUGUUGAGAUUAAUGAUGAGUUCCGAGUGGGAUCAAGAAGCCAUGGAAAGUUGUUUAUCUUGUUUGCUAACAAUUUCAAUGCCAAAGAAAAACAGACUCAGGCUUGUACGUAGUGGAGCAGUGGUUGUACUUUCAAAAGCGUUAGAUGAGGCUGAAUUAAGCGUUGGCUCAACUGAAAAAGUGUUGAAAUUGCUUGAAAUCGUGUCAACUUGUAAAGAAGGAAGAGUGGAAAUUUGUGGGAAUGAGAAAUGUGUGGAGGCAAUAGUGAAAAAAGUGCUCAAGGUUUCAACACUGGCAACUGAACAUUCAGUUACUAUACUGUGGAGUUUGUGCUGUUUGUUUAGGGAUCAAAGGGCACAAGAAGCUGUGACAAAGAGUAAUGGGAUGGCAAAGAUUUUGUUGCUGAUGCAAAGCAAUGUUUCAGGAGCAGUGAGACAAAUGUGCAGUGAUUUGCUUAAGGUUUUCAGGGUUCAAUCUAGGAAUUCUUGUUUAUCAAGUUAUGAUACUAAGACUACUCAUAUCAUGCCAUUUUGAUGUUUUGUGGGAUUUUGUGAUCUGGGAUGUAGAAUUUGGAUGAGGGUUGAAGAAAGGGGCAGUUUUUUUUUU